CGGUGCCAGGCCAGGUGGGUACGUCCGUGGUCCUUCCGUGCCCGCGCCGGAGACCAGCCCCGGAGGCCGCCCGGGCCCGUCCCUGUGUCCGGCACCAUGAAGCAGGAGUCUGCAGCCCAGAACACCCCGCCCGCCUCACCGCCUCCCUCGCAGCACCCCCAGGACGACUGCGACCCCCAAGCGUUGUGGAUUUUCGGGUACGGCUCCCUGGUGUGGAGGCCCGACUUCACCUACAGCGACAGCCGUGUGGGCUUCGUGCGCGGCUACAGCCGCCGCUUCUGGCAGGGAGACACCUUUCAUCGGGGCAGCGACAAGAUGCCUGGUCGUGUGGUAACCCUCCUUGAAGAUCGUGAGGGCUGCACUUGGGGUGUGGCGUACCAGGUGCAAGGUGAGCAGGUGAAUGAGGCCCUGAAGUACCUGAAUGUGCGGGAGGCAGUGCUUGGCAGCUAUGAUACCAAGGAGGUCACCUUCUACCCUCAAGAUACCCCUGACCAACCACUCAAGGCAUUGGCCUACGUGGCCACCCCGCAGAACCCUGGUUACCUGGGCCCUGCGCCUGAGGAGGCCAUCGCUACGCAGAUCCUGGCCUGCCGAGGCUUCUCUGGCCACAACCUUGAGUACUUGCUGCGCCUGGCAGACUUCAUGCAGCUCUGUGGGCCCCAGGCACAGGACGAGCACCUAGCAGCCAUUGUGGAUGCUGUAGGCACCAUGCUGCCCUGCUUCUGCCCCACUGAGCAGGCUUUGGCACUGGUCUGAGGGGCUGAGCCCCUACAUGGACACAGGGGCCAGGUCCCCACUCCAUUGC